AUGUGCUGUGGUGCUACCUGUCGAAGCAACAGGAAGUUCAUGGUGACCAGGAUCAUCUACUCCUCAAUCCUUCUGCUGGGCACCAUGGUUGCCUGCAUCAUGCUGUCCCCAGGGGUGGAGCAGCAACUUAAAAGGAUUCCAGGUUUUUGUGAGGAUGGGGCUGGCUCCUCUGUUCCAGGCCUUCAGGCUUCUCUGAACUGUGAGAUGUUUGUGGGUUACAAAGCAGUGUAUCGCUUCUGCUUUGGCAUGAGUAUGUGGUUCCUGCUGUUUUCAAUCCUGCUGAUUAACAUCAAAAGCAGCAAAGACCGCCGUGCUUCUAUCCACAACAGGCAGAGAAACCCAAACAGGACUCCACCAUUAAAUAUUGCCACCUUGGUGAGUAAUGGAUCAUUUGUGCAGGAGUUUCAGCCACGGUCAGGUCUACUCCAGUCCUCCUUCAUCAGUCUGUACACCAUGUUUCUGACCUGGUCUGCCAUGACCAAUGAGCCAAAUCAGGAGUGCAACCCUAGUCUGCUCAGUAUCUUCCAGCAGAUUGCCUAUCUCACACUCCCCCCUGUAGAACUAGAAAACCAGACUGCCGUGGUGAUCAUUGGCACAGAAGAACCGAAUCUGUCAUCCCCGUACCUGCAAUGGUGGGACGCCCAGAGCAUUGCUGGGCUCAUUCUAUUCGUCCUGUGUAUUCUGUACUCAAGCAUUCGUUCGUCCAACACAAACCAGGUGAACAAGUUGACCAUGGUCUCCAAAGAGUCGGCUAUUCACGCUGAGGGGGGCUGCAGCAAUGACCCGUCAGAGGAAUUUAUGGGGUCCAGACAUAUGGAGGACAAUGAGCCAGAUGCGGUCCAAUACAGCUACUCGUUCUUUCACUUCAUGCUCUUCCUAGCUUCCCUCUACAUCAUGAUGACACUUACUAACUGGUACAGCCCUGAUGCAGAUUACACCAUUACCAGCAAGUGGCCAGCUGUGUGGGUGAAAAUAUCCUCUAGCUGGUUAUGCUUGGCCCUUUACAUCUGGACCUUGGUGGCACCCAUGAGCCUCACAAACCGGGACUUCAGCUGA